CCCCAUAGGAUCAUGGCAGAUCACCUUGACCUUCUCUUAGGAGUGUUGCUCAUGGUGAGUCCUGUGUUGGGAAUCCCUUCCUGCUCCUCUGAUGGUCGGACAGCCUUAUUUCGUUUCUGCAAUCUCACCGAGAUCCCCCCGGUCCUCAACACCACAGAGAAGCUCCUGCUAAGCUUCAACUACAUCAGGACAGUCACUGCCACGUCCUUCCCCCUCCUAGAGCAGCUCCUACUGCUAGAGAUGGGGAGCCAGUUUACUCCCUUGUCUAUCGACAAAGAGGCCUUCAGAAACCUGCCCAAUCUUCGGAUCUUGGAUCUGGGUAAAAGUCAGAUCGACUUCUUGCAUCCAGAUGCUUUCCAGGGACUGUUCCAUCUCUUUGAACUGAGACUGUUUGCCUGUGGUCUCUCUGAUGUGGUACUACGAGAUGGUUAUUUCAGAAAUUUAACUUCUUUAAUUCGCUUAGACCUGUCCUCUAAUCAAAUUGGGAGCCUUUACCUUCAUCCUUCGUUUCAGGAGCUGAAUUCCUUAAAGUCCAUAGAUUUUUCCUUCAAUCAGAUAUCCAUCUUAUGUGAAGAGGAGCUCAAGCCACUCCAAGGGAAAAUGCUGUCUCUUUUCAAACUCAGAUCAACUCACCUGUACAUCAGAGUCUCUGUGGACUGGGAGAAAUGCCUGAACCCAUUCAGAAAUAUACGGCUAGAAACCCUUGAUGUUUCUAGUAACGGCUGGACUGUGGCUAUCACGGGAAACUUCAGCAACGCCAUCAGGGGAAGCCAGAUUUCCUCUUUGAUUCUCACCUACCAUAUUAUGGGUUCUGGGUUUGGCUUCCAAAACCUCAAAGACCCUGACGAGAACAUAUUUACUGGCCUGGAGAGAAGCUCAGUAGAACGCCUGGAUCUGUCCCACGGGUACAUCUUCUCCUUGAACCCCCGACUCUUUAAGACACUCAAGGACUUGAAAGUUCUGAAUCUUUCCCACAACAAGAUAAACAGGAUUGCGGAGAAAGCCUUUUACGGACUUGAGAACCUCCAAAUACUCAAUAUAUCGUAUAACCUUCUGGGGGAACUUUAUAAUUCCAACUUCGAGGGGCUAYGUAGCGUGGCCUACAUUGAUCUCCAAAAGAAUCACAUUGGAAUAAUUCAGGACCAGACCUUCAGAUUCCUAAAAGAACUGCAUACCUUAGAUCUCAGGGACAACGCUCUUAAAACMAUUUCUUUUAUUCCAGACUUACUUACCGUCUUCUUAGGUGGCAACAAACUGGUGACUUUGCCCAACGUUAACUUUAAAGCCAACUUCAUCCACUUAUCAGAGAACAAGCUAGAAAAUCUGGCUGACCUCUACGAACUUCUCCGGGUAUCUCAGCUCCAAACUCUCAUUUUAAAUCAAAAUCGCUUUUCCUCUUGCAGCCCAAGCCACGCCCCUUCGGGGAAUCGCAACUUAAAAUACCUUUUCCUUGGAGAAAAUAUGUUGCAACUUGUCUGGGAAACUGGGUUCUGCUGGGAUGUUUUUAAGGGGCUCUCCCAACUCCAGGUUCUGUAUCUGAAUAAUAACUAUCUUAAUUUCCUUCCCCCUGGAGUAUUUAGUGAUCUGACGGCAUUGAGGGGACUGAGCCUCAGCUCCAACAGGCUGACGGUUCUCCCUCCUGGCAGUUUACCUGCUAAUUUAGAGAUCCUGGAUAUAUCCAGAAACCAUCUCCUGUCUCCUGAUCCUGGUUUAUUUGCAUCCCUUAGCAUGUUGGACAUAACUCAUAACGAGUUCAUCUGUGAGUGUGAACUCCGCACCUUUAUCAGUUGGCUCAAUCAAACCAACGUCACUCUAUUGGGAUCUCCUGCAGACAUCAACUGCAUGUAUCCUAACUCGCUCUUAGGCGUUUCCCUCUACUCCGUUUCCAUGGAAGACUGUGAUGAAGAGGAAGUCUUCAAGUCCCUAAAGUUUUCUCUUUACAUCUUAUUCAUUGUCACUUUGACUCUGUUCCUCAUGAGUGUUCUCAUAGUCGCAAAGUUCCGGGGAUUUUGUUUCAUCUGUUAUAAGACAGCCCAGAGAUCGCUGUUCCAUGACCGUCCGCAGAGAAGAGAAUCUGAUAGGUACAGAUACGAUGCCUAUUUAUGCUUCAGUAGCAAAGACUUUGAGUGGGUACAGAAUGCUUUGCUUAAACACCUGGACACUCAGUACAGUGACCGAAAUAGAUUUCACCUGUGCUUUGAAGAAAGAGACUUCGUCCCCGGGGAAAACCACAUCACCAACAUCCAAGCUGCCAUCUGGAGCAGCCGGAAGAUCGUCUGUCUUGUGAGCAGACACUUCCUUAGGGACGGGUGGUGCCUGGAAGCCUUCAGUUACGCCCAGAGCAGGUGCCUCUCUGACCUCAGCAGUGUCCUUAUCAUGGUGGUGGUUGGGUCCCUGUCCCAGUACCAGUUGAUGAAACACCAGUCAAUCAGAGGAUUCAUACAGAAGCAGCAGUACUUGAGGUGGCCAGAAGAUCUCCAAGAUGUGGGCUGGUUUCUCAAUAAACUCUCUCAGUGCAUCCUAAAGAAAGAAAAAGGAAAGAAAGAAGACAGUCGCAUUCAGUUGCGAUCGAUAGCAACYGUCUCCUAGUCCAAAGAGC